GGGCUCGGAGUUGUGAUUCCAGACGCUCCGCCCCAAGAGCUUAAAAAAAAAAAAAAAAAAAAGAACCCGAAGCCGGUGACGUUUUGUUACAGUUGGUGUUGCUGGGGACAGACUCGGUGAAGAAAAGAAAUGGCGAUGCUCGGAGGCUUCAGCUCUGCACAGCCCAAGAAGAGCGUCUCUGACGGCAGCGGCGACGUGUCGGAUUUCGUCUGUCCAGUUUGCCUUGAAAUUUUCGAGACUCCCCAAACAACACAAUGCGGCCAUACCUUCUGCCAGAGCUGUUUGCAGGAAUGUUUGCGUCCACAGAAGCCGGUGUGUGCCGUAUGUAGGACAACUCUGAACAACUGGACCAGAGCCGCUGCCUUGGAGGCCGUCAUCCAGUCGUCUGUGGCAGCUUGCAAGGGAUGUGGAGUGCAGGUUGGCCUCUCUCAGAUGAGAAGCCACACAGCUGCCUGUUCAAAAUACCAGGAGUACAUUGAGGAGGGGGUGAGGAGCACUGCCCAGAAUCAGCCUGCCAUUAUCAGCCCGGUGCCGAACCGCUUCACCUUCUCCUGCCCCUAUUGCAACUGCCAGAACCUUGAUCAGGACGGCCUGGUGGAACAUUGCACCAACCAACAUGCACGGGAUACCCGCCAAGUGGUGUGUCCCAUCUGUGCCUCAAUGCCUUGGGGAGACCCCAACUACAGGAGUACUGACUUUUUCCAGCACCUGAAGAUCAGACACACUUUCUCAUACGAUACUUUUGUUGAUUACGCCACAGAUGAGCACACGAUGAUUCAGGAAGCUUUACAGCGUUCCCUCAUGGACAAGUGACGCGUGAGGAACAGCAUGGCAGCAGGAAGAAGAGGAAUCCAGAGAAGAGAGCAGGAGAUUGUCUUGGAAAGACAAAAAAAAGAAAAAAAAAAAAGAAAACAACGACAACAAAAAAUAAACUCUGUAUCAUUAAUGGCUCUAUCCAGAGGACAAUUGUACUGAAUCGUUAUGGAUCAUUCUUAUUUCAAAGGGACACUGGGUUGCAUCUUCGAAAUCUAAAAGAUUUAAAGUAAAUCAAUAAAUAAUGGAACAUCCUUGCAACAUAUUGUACUGUUUAAUUUAGGACUGAUGCAGCGUUUCCAGUGCGGUGAUUCUUUUUCUUCCCCUCUACUGAGUCUGUGUUCUUGGUAGUUAGUUUUGCAUUUACCUAUGUUUAAGUACGUUUAUUUAAGGAUGAUCUGUCGAACAACCAAAACUUCCACGUUGUGAAAAAGUUGACAAUACUUGAUGCUAUGAGAGGGUUUGACCACUAGGUGGCUGAAUAUCGCCAGCAAAUGACAAAACUUUAUGAGAGAAGGUUGUCCAGCAACGGUAAUAAAUGACAUCUUGGCCAGCAAUGGCUGCGCAUAUAAACUAUCUGCCUCGAGAGAGAGAAAAAGGGAUCCGUUUAAAUCUGUAUGCUGUUUCUGGUUGAAGUGUGCGAGGGUGUUUUUUUUUUUUUCUUUUUUUCCCCCCCUAUUUUAUUUGCCACAAUGUGCUAAAAAUAACUUUUUAUAUAAUGGGUCAAAACAGCAAGAGACGCUCGCUUGCUUCAUUGUAAUGUUCCUCCGUUUGUGUCGUUGUGCCUUCUAGUAAAUCUUAUUUCUGACUUCCAAAAUUAACAGGGCUAAUCUAGAUCAUCCUGGGACCUGACAGAUGCAAAAGGGUCAACAUUGAUUGCUUGUGUAGGUGAUUUUUUUAUUUUUUAUUUUAUUUAAUUUUUUUUACCCACCCAACAUUUUGUACCAUUAUCUUUCCACUGGGGGGCACCAGAGGACUACCUUUCCCUGACAGUUCUAGUUGUGACGAUACCAAAUCAAUUUAGAUUUCAUUAGAUGUAACACGAGCAUUUUCUUUUCGGUUUUAAGUGCAUUACACAAAGACGUCAUCACUUUACAAAAAAUAGGUUUUAGUGAACUUAUUUAGUCAUAGUCAAAAGCACUUAACUCUUUUAAACAACAUGGUUAGCUAAUAUAACUAAAUGUAAAGUGCUGUGAUGUGUUUGCUUGAAUACUCUCAGUAAUCCAGAAUACAUUGCUUUAUUCAUCCACUGUUCAAAGUCUUAGUUCUUGUAUUGAUUUCACCCUAACAUCGCUCGCAUGCAGGGUUAGAAAACAACAGAAAUGUUUGUUUUUCCUGUAUGCCUUUGUGUUUGUUCCCUCCCCCAGCAACUUUUAAUGUCUCAGACCAACCUCAGAGUAAAACAAAUCUACAACCAACAGAUUCAUAAAUCUCUUUACAAGCAGAUUAAGUAGCUCCCGGACAGAACGUUUGUCUUUUUUAUGUAGUCUUUUCCUCCCACUUUUAAGGCCUGUUAUGAAUGUUGUUUUUUUUUUUUUUUUGUCCCCCUCUGCGGUAUUAAUGUGUUUUUAAUUUGUAAUGACAUUUCUUUUCCUUUUCUCGAUAUAUAUCACGUUCUCUUAGCCCUACUGUCAGGGUGUGCUAAAUUCUGAGAAAUUAAAUCUCUUUAAUUAUUUAAG